AUGGCAUGGUUUAAAGAUGGUGAUAGAAAUACAAAAUUUUUUCAUGCUCAAGUCAAUGGAAGAAGGAAAAAAUUGAAGCUGACUAGAAUCAAAAAUGGCCCUGGCAAUUGGCUUGAAGAAGAAGAAGAAGAAAUUGCAGAUGAAGCAGUUAACUUUUAUAAGGAUCAGUUCUGUGAAACUGCAACCCCUACUGCAUUUCAUAUUAUAGAUCAUGUACCUUGCUUGGUGGAUAGGGAACAUAAUGAAAAGCUGAUCACAAUGCCAACAAAAGAAGAGGUAAAACAAGCCGUGUUUGGACUUAAUGAUGAGUCAGUAGGUGGUCCAGAUGGUUUCACUGGUGCAUUCUAUCAGUCUUGCUGGGAGAUCAUAGGUGAUGAUAUAUAUGCAAUGGUGUUGGAUUUUUUCUGUGGACAACAACUUCCAAAGUGUGUGACUCAUACCAACCUGGUGCUAUUACCAAAAAAGAAAGAGGCAGGUUUUGUUAAAGGUAGAAGCAUAGUGGAGAAUGUUCUAUUGACUCAAGAAAUUGUUACAGACAUUAGGCUUAGAACUAAGGCUGGGCCAAAUGCUGUGAUUAAACUUGACAUGACAAAAGCCUAUGAUAGGCUGUCAUGGCUCUUCUUAACAAAGUCAUCGAGGGGUGUCAAACAAGGGGAUCCCCUUUCUCCAACUUUAUUCAUUUUAGCUGCUGAAGCACUAUCAAGAGGGCUAAACUCUUUGCACUUGAAUCUGUACUUUUGUGGAUAUGGAUUGCCAAAAUGGAGCCCAAAAAUUAACCAUUUGGCAUAUGCAGAUGACACCAUCAUCUUUACUUUAUCUGAUGCCACAUCUCUGAGAUUGGUGAUGGAAAUAUUGCAGGCCUAUGAAGUUGUUUCUGGUUCAGUAGGAGGUAAUAGCAGGCACUGGGCUUCAUGGAACAAUUUGUGUCUACCAUAUGAAGAAGGUGGCAUUAGAUUUAGAUCCUUGCAUGAUGUGGCUAAAGCACUCUUCUGUAAGCUUUGGUGGAAUUUUAGAACAAAGCCCAGCUUAUGGAGCUCAAUUAUAAGCCAAAAAUAUUGUAAAAAGCUGAAUGCAACAGUAGUACCAUGGAAAGAAGGAUCACAUGUGUGGAGGAGAAUGUUGGAAUGUCGAGACAUAAUGGAACAUCAAAUAUUAUGGAAGCCAAGAAUGGGAUCUUCAUUAUUUUGGUAUUAUAAUUGGACUGGAUUAGGAGUUUUAUACUUCCUAGUCCCUCAAGGUUUUGGCAUAGAUGAAGACAUUUUUAAUGUCCAUGACGUGGUAGAAAAUGGAGCUUGGAAUGUAGAGAGGAUACUGCAGGCUGCAGUAGCAGUAUGGAAAUACUUUUUACCUAGAGCAAGAAUUGUUCUGCAGGAUCUGACUCUACACCAAGCCAUUACAAAAUGUUGGAAUACUCCAGUAGUGCCCAGAAUAAAACCAAUAAUGCAGGCAUUACCUGCGUGUAUUGUUUUGGAGCUUUGGAAAAAGAGAAACAGUUUGAAGUAUGGGGAAGCAGUAUCAGUGAAUAGGGUAAUUUAUCAGGUGUCUACUGCACUGCAAUCACUAGUGCAAGUGCAAAAACCAGGCUUACAAGUGCCCCAUAAAUGGUCCAACCUUCUAUACAUGUUGGAGCAAUACACUCCUCGAUUGAAAUAUGAGAAAGUACUAUGGGAGUUACCUAUGGAGGGUUGGAUCAAGGUGAACACAGAUGGAGCAAGUAGAGGAAAUCCAGGAAGAAGUGCAAUUGGAUUCUGUCUAAGGGACCAGGCUGGAGAUUUAAAAUAUGCACAGGGAAAGGAGAUCACUGAGGGAAGUAAUAAUAAAGCAGAAGCAGAAGCAAUAGUUGAGGCAUUGAGGAUCUGCAGGGCUAUGAACUAUAAUCACAUUUGGUUGCAGACUGACUCUUUGCUUCUGAAAAACAUAAUAGAAGGAUCAUGGAAGCCACCUUGGUGUAUUAUGGAACAAAUAGAGGAGAUUAUGAAGCUGAAAGAAAAUUUCAACAAUAAGGUAUCGCAUAUAUUCAGAGAAGGGAACUCGCAAAUAUUCAGAGAAGGGAACUCUUUGGCUGAUCAUCUAGGAAAUUAUGCUUUAGAUGUGGGGGAUAUUGAGUGCUUUGAUUUUUGGGAUGUAGAUUCAAAAGGCAGGAAGAUUGUGAAUGAUGACAAGUACAAGGGCUGUACUGUUGAUUUAUGUGCUAAUAGAAUUCCAUAUGGUGGUAUUAAUGCCUAG